CUCUUAAGCUAGAAAAAAUGUUUUAAAUGAAAAAAUAAUGCAAAUUGUCUACUAAAUAGGACGCAGAUCAAAUGGUAGUCAUGUGGUGGAGACCUUUUGCUUUGUUGUCUGUGGCUUAACUCCACAUUGUCCACCUUUGUCCACAUUCUAGGAGCCAGUAGUUUCACAUCUGCAGUUGGUAAAAACUCCAGUUUUGUGCAAUUUUAAUAGUUUUUCUUCCCAGGAGUCACGAGGAACAUGGGGUUUACAGUCAUUUAGUUUAUUUGUGUUGUCAUAUUUUCUGAUAUUUGCUGGGUAACAAAAAGGACACCAGGAGUUGGUUAAAAUAAUAAAUACGAGAAACUUUGGUAGCUUUUGAUUUAGAAAAAUUCGGGUUACUUUGCAAAAGGUCUCAAGUCGAUGUCACUCCUCCAACCUCAAAACCAAGUUGCAUCAGUUCCUGCUACAUAAGCCUGAAUGUUUAAGACCUUUUUCUGGGAGUUGCACAAAAUCAGAUCCAGAGUUGCACGCGCUUUUUCACCGUUUCACACUGAGAGCAAAUCUUUUCCAAACUGCGGCUGUGUCAUGCUAUGCUGGUUGAGUGAAACCGCAAGCUGUCUGAUAAGGACCUGAUGAAUUCUGCGGUUGCACAAAAACUUUGGUUGUAGCGAUUCUCACAAGAAUACUAGUUUCCGGAACAGCCAUUUUCUGGUGGGAGAACUCUUAAGAUCCAGGUGUUAGCGUGAUUGACCUGCAGCAGCUGACCCUUGACCAUCAAACACCAGCAGUUCUUGUGAACUGACCCAGUUCAAACCACCACAGAUCAUUGUCAUCCUCAGAAACAGCAGUUUGUUGGCAAAGCGACGUUUCACUACUCGAGUUCGUCACUGUUUCCUGUGUGGUGUGUGAGCUUGUCGGUUUGAUCAGGUGGAGCUCAGUCUCACAGGCACUUCUGCUAAAUACAGUCUAGACAGUUGAGAUUCCCAGAUGUCAAACCCAGUGAUCACCCAUCAGCCUGGAGCAGGCGGAUAUGGGACCAACGUCCAAACAGGAGACUGGAGCACAGGCUUGUGUUCCUGCUGCAGUGACAGUUUGGUCUGUGCCAUUGGUCUUUUCUGUCCGAUGGCUAUGAGCUGCUACACAGCUAAUAAGUAUGGAGAAAACUGUUGCUUGGCAUGGUUGCCAGGAGGGAUGACCGCCAUAAGGACUCAUAUGAGACUGACGUAUGGCAUUCAGGGGACAAUAUGCAAUGACACCCUGAUGACUUUUUUCUGCGGACCAUGUGAAAUGUGCAGGAUGGCACGUGAAAUUCGCAUCAGGAAUGGAGACAUUUCACUGUAACAAGUUACUUUCUAAAGCUGUCCAGCAGUUGUGGAAGUCCUUUCUUCAUUUCUAGAGCUUGUUUAUGCUGAAUGAAAACAAAAAUGCCUCUUUGUACUUUUGAAACAACAGAUUGGUCAUUUUAAUAAUUAGCUUUAUUGUAAAUAAAUUGGUUAUAAUAAAAUCUUGUGUGUUUUGAACAAAUUUGGCAUUUGAAAUCUAACAUUUCUGUGUAUUUAAAUGUGAAAUUAUUGGAAAACUCUAAAUGCAAAUGUACGUGACGUGGUAUAAAAUCAAAAGUGUCAGCUACUA